CACCAGGCGACGUUGUAUUUACUUCACUUACCAUUAGUCCAGCCCGUCAUGGCCGACUCAACGGACGAAGGUGCCAAUGCGGUGUCCGAACCACUUGAUCUUGUCCGUCUCUCCCUUGAUGAGAUUGUGUUUGUCCGGCUACGUGGAGAUCGAGAGCUAAAAGGAAGACUACAUGCAUAUGACAGCCAUUGCAAUCUUGUGCUCGGAGACGUCGAAGAGACGAUCUACACGAUUGAGGAGGAAGAGGACGGCGAAGAGACUGUCAAGACAACGAAGAAACAAUCCGACAUGCUGUUUGUCCGAGGAGACUCGGUUGUACUCAUUUCUCCCCAGCCUGGGUCAUGAGGCCUUGUGAUGCACGUCGAUCCGGAUCCUCGAUCAAGGCGAGCGAAAGGCCCGUCCAAAGCCUUUCGGGAAUCCACUCCCAGCUCGUUACGGAGCAUAACAGAUGGUGAAAUGCCAAUCUAAAGAUUGCUGGCAGGAAAAGUGCCCCUAUAAAUGAGUCACUUAAAGCUGCAGUUCGUGAAUCAGUGAGAAGAUGAUUGGGAUUCUUGCGCGUUGCUAAGUGCACUGUCCACUUUGUGGCGCAAGAGUCACUUGCCUAUGACGAGUGACGCUGCAGAACCAUCUCCAAGGUAAUUGGCGAGGCUCCGUAUCAGCGGUUUCGAAUCGACGAGAAUGCUGAUGAGGCUGUGGCGCGGGGGGGGGAUGAGUCAGUGAAUCAGGUCAGGCUACACGCGCCUCGUGGUUCCCCGCUUGGUAGUCCAUACAUACUGUCAUGACUCCAACACUGCCUCCGCUUUAUUUAUGUUCC